AUGGCGGCCAAGGAUCCCGUUGUCGAAGCUCUCAAAGAGUACACCACCUGCGACGUCAGCGAUGCUCUGCAAAAGCUGAAAGACCCCCAAGUCCGUAAUGGGGGCUUCCUCUCUGGCCUGAGCAACUGGUCGCCAACCCGCCAGCAGGAGGACACCAAGAUCGUAGGCCCCCUCUACACGGUCAAGUACUCCCCUCUGGAUGACACAGCGCCAAAGCUAGCGAAGCACUAUAUCGACAGUGUCCCAGAAGGCGCUGUCAUCUUCAUUUCCUCCCCCAGGGUCCCCAACGCCGUCUACGGCGGGCUCAUGACCGCCCGCGCCAAGUACCAGAAAGCCGCCGGUACCAUUGUCGACGGGCGCUUCCGCGAUCUCCAGGAGCAGCGUGAUCAGGCGUGGCCGCUGUGGGCGCGCGACGUGGGCACCGCCGCACCCGGGGAGGUCGUCAAGGUGACGGGUGUCAACGUCCCCGUGGAGCUGCAGAGUGGGGAGGAUCAGAAGGGCGUCCGGAUUCAUCCUGGGGACUAUGCUAUUGCGGAUAUGAACGGGGUCGUGGUGCUGCCUAGGAGUCUGGCGGAACAGGCGCUGCCGUUGAUGAGGAAGCAAGUCGAGGCUGACACGAAUGUGGCCAAGGCAUUGGCGGAGGGGAUGACCUUUGCCGAGGCGGCCAAGAAGUUUAGGUAG